UUUUUACUGUAUUUCUGACAGGAUAGAUAGUAUGCUUUGUGUGAAAGAUGAUAAAUGCUUAAUUUCAACGUGAGUCAGAUCGAAUGCGUUCAACAAAUGAGGUCAUGGAGAACAGAGAAUUCCCAAACAUUGAUGUACUCAAACAGCACAUGAAUCCUCGGGGGACGGUCCUUAUCUAUUGCUUUGGAAGCCGUAGCAACAGCACUUCUGAAGUCAUUCUCUGGCUGUGUCCUCACCCUCCCCACAUACCGGUAUAUCAGAUAACCUUCAGGGAAUUCAGAAGAUGAUGCCAGAAUUAUUUUGAGCUGAGAUUCAAAUGUUAAAAUAGCCAAAAACAUUGUGCGGCAGAUUACAGUGUGUGGACCUGCAGUACAGUACUUGUGUGCUGUUGACCUACAUGUGGUGACUGAGUGAGAGACGCUGGUGGCAAGUCUGCUAUCUGGACUCAUCUAUUGCUUUGCAGCUAGUAAAAGGCAGAGGUGGACCACCCAGACAUGCCCCGGGGGAGCAGCUGUUUGGGGUGCACUGAGGCGGGGGAGAGCCGGUACAAGACGCCCCUGGCCUCCGAGCUUCAGAGGCUGAUGUGGACCAAGUCUGGAACCAGCGGCCAUCUGGAUGAGGUCUUUCCCCGGAUCUACAUAGGGGACAUGUAUGCAGCCAAGGACAAGAGGACCCUUGCGGCGCUCGUCAUCACCCACGUAGUGAACGCCGCUGACGGCAAGUUCAACGUGAACACCGGGCCCAGCUUCUACAGAGGCACCCAAAUCACUUACCAUGGAGUAGAGGCUUUUGACAUGCCGUCCUUUGAUAUGAGCCCAUUCUUCUACUCAUCAGCCAAGUUCAUCAGGACAGCCCUGAGCACAAGUAAGGUGUUUGUCCACUGUGCCAUGGGCCUGAGUCGCUCCGCUACCCUGGUGCUGGCGUACCUGUUGAUCCAUGAGGGCAUGACUCUGGUCGAGGCCAUCAAGGUAGUCAGCACCAGCAGGAACAUCUGUCCCAACGCCGGCUUCCUGGAAUAACUCAGAGCGCUGGACAAACAGCUUCACUAUCAGGGCAGAUGACCACAGACACAAUAUCUUUAGACGCACUUUUGAUACCAAUUGAGACCAGCCAAUCAGAAUCACAUGUAACUGUAAUAAUAUGGUAGUAGAAGAGUAUAUCUGUCUGCAGUGUGUGUGCUUUCAAUGCUGGCAUGGCAGUAUGUUCUAUUCUAGGUUUGAGUGAUGCAUAGAUGCAUAAAUAAAAUAAUAAGACACUGCAUAAAAAAUACUGUAAAUCCCUUAAUAAACCCCUUAAAACCUA